UUUCCCAGACCAGUCGUAUUCGAAGAUCACCCGCCUCAGCAUGGCGUUAACUUACAUGCUUUUCCAAGUGGCGGUCGCCCUACUGGCGAUCUUCACCUACUAUCUCCAUCGCAAGCUAACAUUUUUCAAGCGUCGUGGGAUUCCCUUUGUAGCACCGCAUCCCAUCAGGGGAAACAUGGAGGAAUUACAAAAGACGAAAAACAUCCAUGAGAUUUUCCAAAAUCACUAUAACAAAUUCAGGGACAGCAAGGCACCGUUUGUCGGAUUGUUCUUUUUCCAGAAUCCCGCUGCAUUUGUGAUAGAUCUUGAGCUGGUCAAGCAAAUACUGAUUAAGGACUUCUCGAAUUUCUCGAACAAGGGUAUAUUCUACAAUGAAAAAGAUGAUCCCAUUUCAGCCCAUCUCUUCAAUCUGGACGGUGCCCAGUGGCGUUUGCUAAGGAACAAAUUAUCCUCGACCUUUACAUCCGGUAAAAUGAAGAUAAUGUAUCCGACCGUAGUGUCCGUGGCCAAUGAAUUUAUGACCGUGAUGCACGAGAAAGUGCCGAAAAACUCCGUUCUGGAGAUACGUGAUCUGGUGGCCAGGUUUACGGUGGAUGUGAUCGGAACCUGCGCCUUUGGCAUCCAGUGCAACAGUCUGCGCGAUGAAAAGGCCGAGUUUCUGCACUUUGGAAAGAGAUCUUUGAUUGACAGGAGACAUGGCACUCUAUUGAAUGGCUUCAUGCGCAGCUAUCCCAAAUUGGCCAGAAAAUUGGGUAUGGUUCGAACUGCGCCGCAUAUUCAGGAAUUCUAUCAUAGAAUUGUCACAGAAACAGUGGCGGUGCGGGAAAAAGAGCACAUCAAACGCAACGAUUUCAUGGACAUGCUGAUUGAAAUGAAAAAUCAGAAGGAAAUGACUCUAGAGAAUGGCGAUGUGGUCAAAGGAUUAACCAUGGAGGAGGUCCUGGCACAAGCCUUUGUGUUCUUCAUUGCUGGCUUUGAGACAUCCUCCUCCACCAUGGGAUUUGCCCUAUACGAACUGGCAAAGAAUCCGCACAUUCAAGAUAAGGUUCGGGCUGAGGUGGAGGAGGUCAUGGAGCAACAUGACCAGAACUUUACCUACGAGUGCACUAAGGAUCUUAAGUACCUUAAUCAGGUUAUAAGUGAAACUCUGCGACUGUACACCAUUGUGCCCAAUCUGGAUCGAAUGGCCGCCAAGCGUUACGUAGUUCCCGGUCAGCCAAAAUUCGUCAUCGAGGCUGGUCAAUCGGUCAUCAUACCCUCAUCCGCCAUUCACCACGAUCCCAGCAUUUAUCCCGAACCCUUCGAGUUCCGACCCGAGCGAUUCUCCCCCGAAGAAUCGACUGGUCGUCCUUCGGUUGCCUGGCUGCCCUUUGGAGAUGGUCCUCGGAACUGCAUUGGCCUGAGAUUCGGUCAGAUGCAGGCUCGCAUUGGACUCGCUCUGCUCAUCAGGAACUUCAGAUUCUCCACGUGCUCGAAGACGCCCAAUCCUUUGGUCUAUGAUCCCAACUCUUUCGUCCUGGGUGUGAAAGACGGAAUCUAUCUGAAGGUGGAGGUCGUCUAAUAAAUUAAAACGCCAAAGCUUCUAACUAAAUAACUGCUAAAUAGAUGGUAAUUUAUUCAACCUAA